AUGCCUCAAAACGAAUAUAUCGAACAGCACAUUAAGCAGCACGGUCGUAGACUGGAUCAUGAUGAACGUAAGCGUAAGAGAGAAGCCAGAGAGGUUCAUAAAGUAUCUGCCCAAGCCCAAAAAUUGACUGGUUGGAAGGGUAAACAAUUUGCUAAGAAACGUUAUGCUGAGAAGGUGGCAAUGAAGAAGAAGAUAAGAGCCCAUGAACAAUCUAAGGUGAAGACUGGUUCCAAGCCAUUGGACGAAAAUGGGGAUGCUUUACCUACCUAUUUAUUGGAUAGAGAACAAACUAAUACUGCUAAGGCAAUCUCCUCAUCUAUCAAACAGAAGAGACUUGAAAAGGCUGAUAAGUUUUCAGUACCUUUACCAAAGGUGAGAGGUAUUAGUGAAGAAGAAAUGUUUAGGGUGGUCAAGACAGGGAAAUCUAAAUCUAAGGCAUGGAAGAGAAUGAUUACGAAACAUACUUUUGUCGGUGAAGGUUUCACGAGAAGGCCCGUAAAGAUGGAAAGAAUUAUCAGACCAAGUGCAUUGAGACAGAAGAAAGCCAAUGUUACUCAUCCAGAAUUAGGUGUGACUGUCUUUUUACCAAUCUUAAGUGUUAAGAAGAAUCCUCAAUCUCCAAUGUAUACACAAUUAGGUGUUCUAACGAAAGGUACCAUCAUCGAAGUUAACGUUUCCGAAUUGGGUAUGGUUACCGCUGGUGGUAAGGUUGUUUGGGGUAAAUAUGCUCAAAUUACAAAUGAACCUGAUAGAGAUGGUUGUGUUAACGCAGUCCUUUUAGUUUAG